CUGACGUGAACUACGGAAGCCAAGGUUUAGGGCUCUUUACCAAAGUAUUCAAACUCAUUCCCUACUAGCAAGUUUAAGCUGAUGGGAUUUCUGGAUUCUUCUCCAAACUGAUUUGUGCAAGCUUUAGAACUAUUCAAUUUCUGUUGCAGAGGUCUUCAACUUGGCGCAGCUUUCUUGAUCAAGUUCUGUGAGUAGGGAUGCACUAUGAGCAACCAUUUGAUGUUUUCAUCAACCACCGAGGCCCAGAUGUGAAGAAGACGUUUGUGAAGGAAUUAAAUGAGGCUCUGCGAUCGGCUGGGGUGCAUCCCUUCGUGGAUGCGGAUGGGAUUGAGCAAGGAGAAGCCUCGUGGGAUUCCAUCUUGGAAGCCAUCAGGGUAGCUCCAAUCAGCAUCUGUGUUUUCUCGCCGGGUUACGUUGAGUCCAUGUGGUGCCUUGAUGAGCUGGCUGUGAUCCACCGAAGCGCCGACAAGAAAAUUCUCCCCGUUUUUUACAAUGUGGAACCCUGGCAUCUCAGGCAUCCAGAAGCUAUCACGAGUCCUUUUGCAGCAGGAGUGAAAAAAUUGCAAAGCCGGCAUCCAGAAAAAGUGUCAGGAUGGAAGGGUUGGCUUGCUAGAACUGCCGACAUUUACGGCUACGAAUUAAACAAAUUUUCCAGAUCUGACACAAAUCUUGUUCAGGCCAUUGUUAGUAAAGUUCUUCAACAUUUGAAAUCUCUCUUUCCGGUGGCGCUCGAUCAACAAGCUUCGGAAUUCUUAUCCUUUAUUCGGAGCCAAUCUCAGAAAUCAUGCAGAAUUGGAAUUUUCGGCAUGGGUGGGAUUGGAAAGACAACACUUGCAAAAGAGAUUUUCAAACGCAUUAAGGAUGAGUUUCCUGUGUCGAGCUUUUUGGAAGAUGUUGCAAGGGAGACGUCGAAAGGCGAUCAAGGGGUUGCUUCUUUGCAACUACAACUCUUGAGGGACAUGGGUAAUGCAGACCGUGUCAAUAUUGUGGAAGAUAUUAAUGAUGGGAAGUCCAAAUUGCGACAGUGUUUACAAAGCAAGCGAGCAUUCAUCGUUCUGGACAACGUUGAGAGCCCUCUCUCUAUUAAGGCUUUAUGUGUUGAUGAAAAUCUUGGCGUUGGUAGUUGCUGCAUUCUAACAUCUCGAGAUGAGUGGAUCUGUUCAGUAUUCAGUGAUUUCACUUAUGAGAUGCCAUUUUUGAAACCAGCCGAAGCCAAACAGCUUUUCUGUUGGAAUGCUUUUGGGUCAAUUUUUGCAGCUCAGGGGUUCCAAGAGCUUGCAAACGAAGUAGCUCUAGCUUGUGGUGGACACCCUCUGACGUUGGAGCUUAUGGGCAGUCUCCUGAGGCGUGAAAAAGACCUUUUGGUAUGGGACGCUGUUUUACAGCAUCUCCGAAAGCAUGACUCACUGCAGAAUCAUGACAAGAUGUUACAGCGGUUGAAAAUCAGCUUCGAUUCAUUAGAGCCUAGACACAAGGAAAUGUUCCUUGAUGUGGCUUGUUUCUUACUUGGGAGCCCUCCUCAAUUGUGCAAAGAUCUUUGGACGUCUCUGAAGUGGCCUGCGGAAUUAGGGCUGCGAAACCUUGUCAACAAAUCUUUGCUCAAGGUGGAAAAUAAUUUAGUGACCAUGCAUGAUCUUCUGAUUGACCUGGGUCAUAGUAUUGUAACUGAGGAGGAUGUGGUUAGACCCGGAAAGCGCAGCCGGUUGUGGAUGAACGAGUCAGAGGAAGAGCUUCUGGACAAAGAGGUGACAGAUAAGGUACAAACUUUUAGCCUUGCUGAAAGCAAAGCUGACCUCUCGGAUCAAAAUCUCAAGCCUAUGGAAAAUUUACGAUUACUAAACAUGGAUGGUUGCGGUGGAACCCGUAUUCAAUUCCCUCAUAGGCUGGGAUAUGUACGGUGGCAAAGAUUACCAUUGGAGAAAAUUCCCUGUGAAAUGUAUGACAUGCGGAAGUUGGUGGUGCUUGACUUGGCAUCAAGCAAAAUCACUCACUUGUGGAACGUAGACUCAACUGCAACGUUCCCAAGGUUGCAGACACUCAUCCUUGACGAUUGCAAGGAGUUGAGAGAGCUUCCUGACUCCAUUAACGGAUCUAAAGAUCUACGUAAUUUGCAUUUAGAAAAGUGCUCCAGUCUGGAGAGUCUCCCAGAAACGAUUGGAGACCUAUCUAAGCUGGAGGUCCUCAGACUUCGUGGAUGCACGAAAUUAAAGCAUUUGCCAGAAGCUUUGGGAUCCUUGACCAAUCUGUGGAGCUUAUACUUGACCGAUUGCACUAACCUAGUGUCAAUACCGGAGUCCAUUGGCAAUUGCCGAAAUUUGUCGAAUUUAAGUUUGGGACGAUGUUACAAUUUGGAGGCGAUUCCGGAGUCAACAGGAAAGUUGUGUAACCUGCGCACGUUUGAGUCUCCUUCUUGCGACAAGAUAAGUCACUUUCCGGAGCUUAUGAAGGACCUCUUUGUUUUGAAGACUCUGAAAGUGGGUUGUGGUAGCUUAACAACCCUUCCAUCGUUUAUUAGUCACCUCACUGGACUCCAGGAACUGAGUCUCUGUUUGUCAAGAUUUGUAACGCUUCCCAGUGCUAUCUGUGCUUUGACGAGGCUGCAAGACUUGAAGCUGAUUGGAUGCGACGUGCUUGAAAGCCUACCAGAAAAUAUGGGUGCUUUCCAGGAGCUGAGAAUCCUAAGUCUGGUUGGUUGUGUGAGUCUAAAAAGGCUACCAGAUUCAGUUGGGGAGCUCAAGUAUUUGGAGGAGCUGAACUUAUCUUGUUGUGCUAGCCUCCAAAACCUGCCAUUGAAUUUUUGCCAGUUGACAAGAUUGCGCCUUUUGUGUCUCGAAGGUUGCUUCGAGUUAUUGGAAAUUCCAGAUCCCUGCUCCAUGCCGGAGACCGGCUGUGCUGUGAUAUUUUACGACUUCCUUGUGUCUAGAUGUUUGCAAUAUCUAGAGCAAGGCAAGUUUUCGAAGGCCGAGGAAGUUCUGGUAUUCUUGAUGAAGUUCAAGCACGAGGAUCCGAGACUCUUACAGAUUCAAGCGUUUCUAGAAGAAGUGAAAUGCAGACAAACGGAACUUGUGGUCAUGGAUGUGGAGAUGUUGCGACAAGAAGCGUUGCAUUGGGUUGUGCAGAAUGAUAUGCCUCGUGCUUUGGAGUACAUUAAUAGAAUGGUGGAGCUGGAGCCUGAGAGUGAGAUGUCAUACCUCACACGGUUUGCGGCUCGAAUGAUAGUUAACGAUAAUACGGGAGCGCAGGAAGACACGAAGAUGCUGUCGCAGUGUGUGGCUGCUAGAGAACUUGCAGGACGGAAAUUAUCUCAGUCUGUUUUGGAAAAGGUGGACAAGUUCAAUAAUCUUUUUCGCUGUGACUGGAAACACUCUCUCUUGGCACUUCUGAACUCUGGAAGCACUCUAGAAGUUGAGCACAGCAGAAACUCACGAAUACCAACAUUUCCAGGUACUCUGCAAGCACUGGGAAGGAGUCUAACAUGGAAGGAAGUGGGCGAGCCUCAACCGGAAAUAGCUGCCGCAUUGCGCAAAGCGGCAAUGCAAAAGUUCGAGCUGGAUGAUUUCUACGCAGCCUUGUAUUGCUUGGAACCAGCAAACGCGUUGGACCCAAACAACGUAACAACUCUGAGUCUGUUAGGACGAGCCAAGCACCGCACAGGCGAUUUUGCAGGGGCAGAGGCUGCCAUGUCUCAAGCUCUGGCAUUGGAUCCCAGACACGAAGCAACACUCUUUCACAGAGGAAUGUUGAGAGAAUCUGUGUUUCCUUUCGACUUGCAAGGAUCACUUCAGGAUUAUGACAAGGCAAUUGAGGUGAAUCCUUUCAAUUGUGCACUGUUUUUGCGAGCCAGAGCCAAGGUGAAGUUCAAACUUGGGGACUUUGAGGGCGCAGAAGAGGACUUGGAUCGGUCGUAUGUCAUGUACCCGUAUCCUCAAACGCUGAAGUACCAACAAGGGCUGAGCAAGUGGAAGCAAGGUGAAUUUGAAGCCGCACUGAUCGACUUUGAAGUGCCUUAUAAUUUCCUUCCAGAUCCUUGUGUGUUGCGGUAUAAGGAGAACGUGAUUGAGAGCCUCAAAGAUGAUGCCAAGGUAGAACUAUCUUGACUAUCCCAAAGACCGAGGGGCCCACAGAAAAUAUACCAAAAUGGGAAGAUGUUUGAGGAUCACAAAUCAAUGAAAACAGAGUGACUUUGAAAUCAAUUUCAAAUUGUUAUAAUUGCCCAAACAUAGAUCUAUUACAAGCUCAUGUUUAUUUUAAACUAGUUUCAUCUAAUUAUAAUAUUUGAUAAUUCACAUUGAUAACUAUAAAAUCUAUUAGUUACUCG